GUGCGGAGCCAUCUAUGUUCGUAAUUGGUCUCAGCUCCCAACCGCUCCUCCCACCGACGUCGACUCCCCAACUGAGAAUAGGUCAGCACACCAACAAGCUCCCUCGGGAACGCUCAAAUCCCAAUCCCUUCAUCGAUUGCAGAGACAAAGUUUCUUCUAAGAUCCAUAUUUUCAAGAAACCCGUAAAAUCUCCGUUCCAUAGCUCCAAGACGAGAAGGUCUCGAUCUCUUACCUAAUAUGCUUCUCCAUAUCGGUUCGCUUUGAAUCGCAAUUGGUUUCUAAGCUGGAGAUCUCGACGGGUGGAAGAAGAUGAGGGAGAGCAAUUUAGUACCGGAGAAAGAGGAAGGAGAAGGAUCGGUAUCUUUGUCUGAAGGCGAGGUCAGCAUUAGGUAUUUUGGCGAUGGAAUUGAGAUGCCGGUGAUCCAAAAGGAGCCAUCUUUCUCGCGGUGGUGCGACGAGAAAGAUGGAUUCAGACAUUCGAUUCCGUCGACCAACGGAUCUUGUGAAUGCGGUACUGUGGAUGGAUCUGAUGACUUCGAUCUGCCGCUUCUCCAAGAUGUGGGGUCUGGGAGAGCUCAUUCAAGCUUGGAAGGGCAGUGGUCGAAUGGAUUUAGGCAGCGCAGCAUGACUGUAGCUUCAUUGGAAGGCAAUGGGGAAGGGAAUAGGUAUAUACCUAUACCUUUGGAUAUUGAGAACGGUAUCCAUACUAGCGAUUCGGUUGCGAAGCUGGAAAGUUUAGAGGCCGAGCAGAACUCGAUCACUUACGUCAUUGUGCUUAAGACGCUGUUCUUUAUACUUAUUUGGUACACCUUCAGUACCUGCUUGACGCUGUAUAAUAAGACAUUGUUAGGUGAUCACCUCGGACGAUUCCCAGCUCCAUUGUUGAUGAACACUGUUCACUUCUCACUGCAAGCUGUUUUAGCGAAGGCCAUCGCUUGCUUCCAGUCUCGUGGUUCUGAAAAAGGUGCUAAAAUGACAUGGAAGGAUUACUUUGUCAGAGUUGUACCAACUGCCCUUGGAACUGCUUUGGACAUAAACCUAAGCAAUGCUUCACUUGUUUUCAUAUCUGUGACAUUCGCUACAAUGUGCAAAUCUGCUUCUCCGAUAUUUCUCCUUGUGUUUGCUUUUGCAUUUCGGCUGGAGACUCCCAGUUUUAAGCUUCUUGGAAUUAUCUUGAUAAUUUCUUUUGGAGUUCUAUUAACAGUUUUAAAGGAGACUCAAUUUGAUUUCUGGGGUUUUGUCCUUGUUAUGCUUGCCUCCGUGAUGUCAGGUUUCCGUUGGUCCAUGACACAGAUUCUCUUACAGAAAGAGUCUUAUGGUCUAAAGAAUCCCAUCACAUUAAUGAGUCAUGUUACUCCUGUGAUGGCACUUGCUACAGCAAUCCUUUCUCUUCUACUUGAUCCAUGGCAUGACCUUAAGUCUAAUAAGUACUUUGAUAGUUCAAAGCACGUGAUUCGAAGUUGUUUAUUGAUGCUUUUGGGAGGGGCUUUGGCAUUUUUCAUGGUUUUAACCGAGUAUAUCCUUGUUUCAGCGACUAGUGCAGUGACAGUAACAAUAGCCGGUAUUGUCAAAGAAGCUGUUACAAUUUUGGUUGCAGUGUUUUACUUCCACGAUCAAUUUACUGUGCUGAAGGGCAUGGGACUUCUGGUAAUUAUAGUUGGAGUUAGCUUAUUCAACUGGUACAAAUACCUGAAACUACAUAAAGGUCAGAUAGGUGGAGCUGAAGCAACAAACUUCACAACCUCCAAUGGAGCGUCAAGUUAUGUUAUUGUUGAUGAAAUUGAUAUGGUAGAUGAAGAUAUGGAUAUCAAGCAUGAUAAUACUUGAAUUUUCAUCUUCAUGAGCAACAGGAGUGAGAACUAACUGGAAAAUUCAUGCCCUUUUGAACUCUUCUAGGAUUUUGAUCCUCAAUCUAGAGUUCAGUGGCACCAUCGGAGUAUUUUUGCAAGUGUGCAUAGUAUUCAAAUGAGCUAGUUGUGGAGCGCAAGUGAACGGAUGAUGGUAUUUACCAUUAAUGCCUAUGUUUUGUUCAUUUAUCACUGGCUGCUGAGUUCAUAUAUCACAGGCUAGUGAAUACUUAAUCUCACAUGCCAAAGGCUUAGAUGCUACAAAGGGUGUAUAGGAAUCCACAUAUUCCUACGAAGAAGCUGGUUACUUGAACGACAGAGGCUUGCUUGGUAUCUAUUAUGUUUGCGGUUUAAGUUAACCAAACAUUACAUUACUUUUAAUUUGUUUGAUUCACUCAUGUUUUGGGUUUUUUUUUCUCUAACCCGAUGUUGGUGUAGCAAAAGAGAGAUUUUCUUUAUUGUGUUCUUUUACCCAAAAACAAAUAUUCAAUAAGCAUAAAUAUGCUGGUUUUUUAGUUGAAAGAAUGCUGCACUUUCCUGAA